AAAUAGCAUUGUUACGCGUUCGGUCGAGUCGGUCCGCUCAGCACAGGGUUGGACGCGAUACAUUGUAAAAAGGGACAACUGGCAAAAAACUUCUUUUAUAAUGGCAAGGCCAGGAGAAGAUGCCUCAACCCAAGGUGAAGUUGGUGGUGACAGGAGAUGAUUUUGGGUACUGUGAUAGAAGGAAUCAAGGCAUUGUGGAUUGUUUCAAAGCUGGUGGGAUCUCCAAUGUGUCUCUAUUGGUGAAUGCAGUCUCAGCAAAACAUGCGUCAGACCUGGCCAAAAGAUAUCACAUCCCUAUUGGACUCCAUGCCAAUCUUUCAGAGGGUCUUCCAGUAUCUCGGGAACUGAAAGGCUCAACACUACUCAAGAAGGAUGGUUUCUUCCAUGGCAAGAUGGGCUUCCGUGAAGUUUUGCAGAGUGGUCAGCUCAAGAUGUCAGAGGUGGAGGUGGAGCUCAGGGCCCAGGUAAACCGUUUCUUUGAACUGGUGGGCCACAUGCCCGAUCAUAUGGAUGGUCACCAGCAUGUACACGUGCUACCAGAGGUGCGAGAGGUGUUUGCCCGAGUUCUCUCUGAUUUUGGGAUCACCUACACACGGGUCCCUGUGGAACAUGGCCUGAAAUUUUGCACCUACCUCCCGUCCCAUCUUCGAGACUUCUACACACAAGUUGAAAAAGAUGCCCUUGAGUCUGUCGAGGUCUUUUAUCGCCAUGACAUUAGAUGGCCUGACUUAUACCUGGGCCUAAGUACCAUGGGUAAGUACAUGUCUAUAUCCAACCUGAAACGAGCUUUGGUGUUCACGCGUGAGGCACGAGAAUCAUCACUGGAUGACAGCGUGAUUUCUCCAUUGUUACGGACACAGACCGAUGAAACCACAACUGACUCCUAUCGACCAGUCACAGCAGAGCUUAUGGUUCAUCCUGGAUAUCCAAGUCACCCUCACCAGGGUGGAUGUGGAGAUGGACCCGAUGACUUCUCGCAGUCUACAGAUCGACUUCAUGAGCUGAAUACUUUGAGGGAUCCAUUGGUGCUUAGCUACUACAGGCAGCAGAGGAUCCAACUCUGUGCCUUUAAGGACUUGUAAACACUCAGGGAUGCAGAGCAGUGUAUUUUGGGACAUUGUAACGCAUAGAAUGUCUGUCUGCUAUAGGAAAUAAUAUCUUGACCCAGACCUCACUGAAAUAAGUUGUUGUUAGAAUGCGUAGUUGGGAAAUAUGGCAGCAUAUGGGUAUGGACCAUAAAGUUUGUUUGUGCUGCUUUCAAAGUCCAGACAAAACCAUUUAAAGCCACUUCCUUCUAAAGGCAAGCCAAAACAAGUAUUUUAUAAGUAUGUCCUACAAUUUCUCCUUUUGAGACUAUCCAUUU